AUGAGACCCUUUUUGCUCUUCCUGCUACAUCUGCGCCUCUGAUGCACUCCUCUGCAGAAAAAGUUCUGGACUUGCAGGAGCAGCCAGGUAGCACUAAGUCGCUUGGUCAAGAGGAUUUUCCUGCAGUCCAGCUUGAUACUGCUCCUUCUCUUCCCUCCUUCUCUCCUGUCUCAGCUGAUCCCUUUAAAGAGCACGCAGCCUUUGAUACACUCUCAGAUGGAUUACCUGCAAGGGGCAUUUGCAAAGAAAAUGCAAGUGAGGUUUAUAAGGAAACUAUGGAACGUGCAAGAAAUCCAUUUCUUGCAGAGGGAAAUGAAAGAGACACUUCAGAAAUCAAAUACUCAGAGCCCCCAUUUGGUAAAGCAGAGGCAGCCAUUUUAUCUCAAGCUAAAGAAGCAGCACAGCUAGGGGGCCCUAAGGAAUUACCUAAUCUGGAGAAAAUGCCUGCAGAGCCACUGAAAAUCUCUCCAGAAAGCCCUCAAGAUUGGUUUGAGAAAAAGGAGGAAACUCUCUUUUAUAAGCAAGACGGGUAUGGAAGUGGUGAUCAUGAUGAGCAAGGGGCACUGAAAGAAGACCCCCUCAGGAGGGAGGAGUAUGCAGACUUCAAACCCUUUGAGCCAGUAUGGGAAGUUAAAGGUGCAAGUCAUGGACUGAGCAGUGGGAGAGAGGAUGUUGGAAGUAAGAUAGGUGCCAAGCUAGAAGGCAGCUCAGAUGAGAAGUACGGUGUGGGUAAGCUGGAUGUGCAGAAGGAUUAUGAAGGAGAGAGCGAAGGCAGCACUGAGGAUCUCUCCUGCCCAAGUACCCCGGAGGCUGUAAAAGAACCCUCACAGACUUACAUCACUUGUGCUAAAUUUGAAUCCUCUGUGAGUCCUGAUGGUGACAAAGUCAAAUCUCUUUCUCCGCUAGAGGAAGGCACUUCAGAAAAUAGAACCGAUGACGAGAAAAAAAUAGCAGAAAUGAAAGCUCAGAUGAGCACAGAACAAGGUGAUUUUAGCACUGGAGCAGUUGGCAAGAAGGAAGGCCAGGAAGCUGACUCUGCAAAAGCAGGGAGUGUAUCAACAGUGCCAUCUGACACUGCAGCAAACAUGCCCGAAGGUCUCACUCCUGAUCUAGUGCAAGAAGCGUACGGCAGUGAACUGCAUGAUGCAGCAUGUACAAAACUGGCUUAUGAAACAAAGAUUGAUUUGGUUCAAACCUCUGAGUCAGGGCAAGAGACUCUGAAACCCGUGACACAAAUCUGCCCCUCGUUUGAAGGGCCAGAAGCUGCUCCAUCACCAGUCCUGCCAGAUAUUGUUAUGGAAGCCCCUCUGAGCACUGGGACUGCUGGUGCAGAAGCAUCUGCUGUGCAGCUCCAAGCUUCCCCCUUAGAAACAUUUAUUCCUACAGCCAAUUAUGAGAACGUAGAAGAAGAGGCUGAAAAACCUCCCUCGUACCAAGAGGCAGCAAAUGUACCACUGACACAGGCUGGAGACACCAAAGAGGUGUUAGCAUUUACAGCAGCUGAGCAGGAGCCUGGCUCCAGUCCUGAAGACACAGAGACUCCAUAUAUAUCUAUUGCAUGUGACCUAAUUAAGGAAACAAAGGUCUCUGGUGAAUCUGCUUCUCCAUCCUUCACAGAUUAUUCCAAGGCACUGAUAACAGAAUGCAUUUCUCAGGAUGUGCCCAAACAGGAGGAACUUCCUGAAAAACUCUCCCCACAGUUUGGAAAAUCUGACUUCUUUAGUAGCCAGGUGGUGCCUGACUUUACUGGGAAAGUGAGUGAAGAUCCAUCUCUCACCUUAAAGAGUAAAUCAACUGAGAGUGUUGUAACUGAUGAUGAAGAUGAGGUACAACUGGUGGAUUCAGUAGCUUCCACAGGCAAGCCUUAUCUGGAGUCUUUCCAACCUGAACUGGACUCUUCCAAAAUUGGUGCUGCUCUGCCACCUGAGCCAAUGCCUACAAAAACAGUGAAGGCAGAGAAGAUUCCUCUUCAUAUGGAAGAACUGAAUGCUGUGGCUUAUUCAGCUGAUCUAUCUGUUGCUACAGAACCAAAACCAGGAGACAACAAAGGUCUCUCGCCCAUGGAGUCUUCCCCAGUUGCAGUGGAAGAAGACUUUGUGAUGUUAGGUCAUCCUAAAACUCCUGAGUUUGUGGCAGAAGCUACUGAUGGAGAAAUCCUGUACAAAGAUGAAAGUGAAGGGACCAGUAAGGUGAUCAAAGGUGAGAAGAGGCAGCUGCCUUGCCCAGAGCUGCCUUGCGACCUGUCUAGAAAGAAUGUAGAAGUAAAAGCCAAGGAAGAUGCUAAUGCCUUGAAAAAGUCCUUGGAGGCUGUGGACAGAGAAGUGCCUGAAGUAUCCACCGUGUCCUUACCGGCCACAGAUACCUCACCUUUGUCUGCUGAAAAAGAGAGGGUCAGUGUAGUAAAACCUGAAGCUUUUGAGAAGGAAACUGAGCGAGGAGCUGCUUCUGCUAAAGAAAAGGAAAAACCUACUGCUGUAUUUUCAGCAAAGCUGAGUAAAUCUUCAGGUAAUCUGUGUAUGCUGUCUUGCAGUUCACUAAUCUGCAUAAUUCUUAAACUAAUCUUAAGCAUGUCAUGCCUUACACUUUUUAAAGUCAUUUUCUGUAAACUCUGUGUAGGCCAAGGGUAA